GCCUUACCAAUACAGCAAGCACAGCCGUCAAAGUCUCCGACGAACCCUUCAUAAUGCUGAAUUCGCUUGCGGCAAGGGAGAGGGUGGCAAUUUGAGCCACGGCCUACUUCUAUCCUGUCGACUUGGCUAUUCACAUCGCGCAGCAACAGAGGAGCCCCGAAACGAAGCACCGCCCAACAUGUUCGCACUGCUUAGCCGCGUCUACUCGGCUUUCGCUCCGCCGACAGUCGAAAAGAGGAAAGAUGGCGUUAUCAGAUUUGGCAUCUUGGGAGCUGCCAAAAUCGCGCCCAUGGCAUUAAUCCUACCGGCCAAAUCGCAUCCGGAAGUCGUCGUGCAUGCCAUCGCCGCCCGAGACCGCACCCGCGCCGAGGAGUUUGCCAAGAAACACGGCAUCCCCGUUGUCAGAGACUCAUACCAAGAGAUUCUCGACGACCCCGACAUCGACGCCGUCUUCAUCCCGCUCCCCAACAGCCUCCACUACGAGUGGGCAGUGCGGUCGGUGCGCGCGGGCAAGCAUGUGCUGCUCGAGAAGCCGUCGGUCAACAACGCGACUGAGGCGGCGAUCCUGUUCGGGCUGCCGCAGCUCGCCAAGGAGCAGGCCGACGCGCCCGUGGUGCUCGAGGCGUUCCACAACCGCUUCCACCCGGCGGUGCACAAGUUCCUGACCUUUGUCAGCCCCGCCGACGUGGUGCACGCGCACACGGACUCGAUGGUGUCGUCGUGGCUGACGGCCAAGGACAACAUCGAGUUCAACUACGCCAUGGGCGGCGGCAGCAUGAUGAUGCUGGGCACGUACAACUUCGGCAUCCUGCGCAUGGUGUUCGGCGCCGACCCCGUCGAGUGCGUGGCCUGCGACACGCACGUGUUCGGCGACGGCGUGCACGACCGCUGCGACACCGACUUCGCCGCCCAGUUCCGCUUCCCCAACGGCGGGCUCGGCGACGCCCGGUCGACGCUGCGCGGGCCGCUGCUGUGGAAGCCGUCCGAGGCCCGCGUCACCCACCGCGAGGUGGUGCUGCCGGCCGACGACAAGGCCGGCGAGCCGCUGCCCGAGGGCCAGGAGAAGGCGCGCACGCGCGUCGUCACGCUGCACGGCUUCAUCCACGCCGUGCUGUGGCACCGCAUCGACGUCAAGGACACGUACGUGGUGCGCAACAAGGCCGACGGCCGCCCGCUGCGCACCUGGACCGAGACGCAGUCGCACAAGGCCUACACGUACCGCGACGCCGGCCCCGAGUUCGCCGACGCCGCCCCCGCAGGCGAGCCCUGGUGGAUGUCAUACCGCUGGCAGCUCGAGGAGUUUGUCAACCGCGUCAAGGGCCGCAGGACCCAGUUCUGGGUCUUGGGCGAAGACUCCACCGCCCAGAUGCGCAUGGUCGACAUGGCCUACGAGAAGAGCGGCCUGGGCCUGCGUCCGACGAGCGAGUACCGGUGAGGGCGGCUGCUGCUGU